AUGAUGUCAAUGGACUCGACGCUUCAUGAUCUCGCGCCGCCGCAGUCACAGCGGCCGUCCGAAUCGGACAAGCCGUUUUCUACUACUCCUGCUAUCGCAACGUCUGAAACGACGUUGGCGGUGACCGCCGCAUGGCCUCCCAUGGCCGCGGCACUCGCCGACGCUGCCGUCUGCCUCUGUGACCUUCAAGGGGAAGUUUUCCUUCCCUCUUCCGCCUUCCCCCAGCACCAUCUGCCAGCCACAGAGUUCCGCAGCAACCCCGCAGCGGAAAGGGAGCAGAGCGGCCGGAGCGUGUGGGGUCAUGAAUGCUCGGAAGAUCUAGACGAGGUGGCGGUGAUUGAGUCCCCUCAUUAUGCGGCCUCAUGUGAAAGGAAAGUAUUGGCCGCAGUGCCAGGGAAAACCAUAACUAGUACUGCUACCACCAUUACUGCUGGUACUAGUACUAGAAAUGAUUGUGGUCACGUUAUGGUGGGUGCGGAAGCGUUCCUGGCGGAAACACUCGGCGCUGCGGAGGGUGCCUCACCCCCCUGGCUCUCCGCUCUCCGCCAGCGCGCGGGGAGCAGGCAGCCGCGCGCGGAUGUCCACGGGCGGCGAUGGCGGAAAGGAGUUCCGCAGCGGAUGUCUGUAUGUAUGGGGUGGGAGCGAAAUGAGGCUACUAUGGGGUGUGAUAAUGUGAUUACCACCAACCAUACUAGUACUACUAUUAAGAAUAAUAGUAUUUUUUACGAGGAACAAGAAUUGCCGCAUUCUGGACGCACAGCAGCGCGGCCGCAUCUGCGAGACACAGAGGAUGCGGCAUCGGCUGAGCAUUGUGCGUUGGACGGAAUAGGGCAGAGAGCAGCAGACGGGGAUGCAGCAGCAGGAAAGGAGGCAGCAGCAGAAAGAGAUGCAGAAGCAAGAGGGGAAGCAGCAGCAGGAGGGGUACCAUUAGGGAAGACAUUAUGGGUAGGAGAGGCGUUAGGGCACGCAGCAGCAGGAUGGGGUGGGAAGGCAGCAGCAAGAGCGGGGAGAAGUGGCAGGAGAGGCGGAAUUGACGGGGCGUUGGCUAGGCUGAAAGAGGCGGGUGGGGAGGCGGUGGAGGAGGGCAGGUGCUGUAGUGACGAGGUCCAGAAGGAAGGACAGAACGAACGCAGAGGGGGGAAGGAGAGACAGGCGGACGGCAGCCGUGGUGCUGCUGUGUGCAUCGAGAACCUGCGAGGCAGGGUGACGUGUGUGGAUCCGCAAGCAGGAAGGGCAGCAGAGGACGCACAAUGCGCGGAUGGAGCAGGAGGAGGAGCAGAAGGAGAAGCAGGCGCAGCAGCAGCAGAGGCAGAAGUUGCAGAAGCGGGAGUGGCAGAAGUGGAGCACUGUGCUGGCGAUGCAGGCAGCAAGAGGGUAGCGGAGUCUGGUGAGGAGAGGAACGGAAAGCGAGGAGAGCGAGUGGCGGCAGCAGAAACAGGAGACUUAGAAGCAGAGGCAGAAGCAGAAGCAGUGGCGAACUUAGCUGGCGAUGCAAGCAGCGGAAAGCGAGGAGAGCGCGUGGCAGCAGCUAAGCCAGCAGCCAAGCGAGCAAAGAAGCAGGCAGUUUCAGAUGGCAAAGAGGCGGGCAGUGCUGGUGGGGCUGUGGUGUUAGAUGGCCCUGAUAGGACGACGGAGCAGAGGCAGGUCAGUGGCGUGGAGAGAAAUGGAAUGGAGAGAAGUGGCGCUGAUGGUGCCGGUGGUGGUGGUGGCGAUGGUGCGGGCUGUGCGAGUAGUGACGGUCACGGUACCUGGAUUGAGAUGCAAGAGGAGAGAGCGACAUGCGAGGGCAAAGCACAGCAGGCAGAGCGUGGGAACGAUGAGGCAGGCUGCAAGGAUGGCGGGCAGGAGGCAGAGCAUAGGGACAAGGCGCAACAGGGAGACAGUAAGGAGGAAGCAGCUUGCCAACCGGCAAUGGAGUGCAAGCAAGAGGCGCAGCAAUGCACUGAGCAGGAGGAGGAGCAGUGCAAAAAGGAGAGGCAGGGCAGGCAGGAGGAGCAGGGCAAGCUGGGGGGGCAGUGGGAGUGGGAGGACGAGUGGUUGACGGGCUUGCGUCCGCAAGGGAAGGGAACUGGGCUUGUUGGAGAAGACAGGAAUGCAGGCUUCAAGAAUGCUGGUGUGACUCGGGAGGUGGGGGAGAUGGAGGUACGGAAGAGGGAGAGGGAUGGGUGCAGGGAUGGAGUUGGAAGGGAGGAGAACGGGGGAAGGGAGGAGAAAAGGCGGGCAAAUGAGGAUUCGAGCAGUGCUGGUUCUGGUGGGAGUGGUAGUGAGAGUGGACGUGGCAGUGCGAGUGGGAGUGAUAGUGAGUGUUCCAGCGAGAGUAGGAGCGAUAGUAGGAGUGAGAGCAGGAGUGAGAGUGGGAGUGAAAGUGGGAGUGCAAGCAGGAGCGAUAGUGGGAGUGAGAGCAGGAGUGAGAGCGGGAGUGAGAGUGCUAGUGACAGUGAGACGGCUGUACAGGUGAGAGAGAGAGGUGGUUCAUCCCUCUUCAAGAGUACGACUGGGCUAGAUCAUUCCACCAAACCACCCAUGGUGCCAGUACCACCAGUACCACCAACACCAGCAGCACCACCAUUGCCGCCUGUUACCAAACCCCUCCCUACCCCAUCCCACCGCUCCCACCGCUCCCCCUCCUGCCCUCUCCCUCGCUUCCCCUCACAUGCGCCCCCCCCUCCACCUUCCUCCUCCUCCCCCCAUUGGGUGCCUUCCUCCCCCUCUCCCCCGCUCCCCAUCCGCGCCCACCCCUCCCCCUCCCUCUCUCCGCGUCCCCACUCCCCUUCUUCUCCGCACCAUUCCCCACCAUCCGCCUCCCCUGCUCCCCUUGCUUCCCCCAUUCCCCGUGCUGCUAUGUCUGGGGGGGAUAGGGCGAAGAUGCGGGGAGGGGAAGGGAAAAUCUGGGGGGAGGAAGCGGGGCAAAGGGGGAGGGGUAGGGGGAAGGCGAGGGGGGGAGCUCUGAGGGGAAUGCGGAGAAGCGAUGGAGCGGGUGUUAUGAUUAGAGGGGGACCUGGGAGGAAGACAGAGGAAGUAAUGGAGGAAGGAGCAAAGGGAUUUACGAAGGAAGAUGGGGGAAAAAGAGCAGUAGAUUUGACAAGGGUGGCGGAGAGGCAAAGGGAGGGGAAUGUGAGUACGCAUGCCACGGGGAGGGAGGAUGGCGUCGGGGGAGGGCGAGCGGGAUGGGGAGGGGGAGGGGGGGCGGUAGGGGGAGGGGGAGCACUAGGGAUAGGGGGAGAAGGGGACAGAGGGGAGCAGCAGGAGCAGGAGGGGAGAAGCAGGGCGCAUCAACCAGCAAGGAGGCAAGCAGCCGUGGUGUUCACAGCAACAAAAACGACCGUGGUUCUAGGGGAGGGGUUGGACGAGGCACAACGGCAAGCAGCCUUCACAGGGGCGAUUCAGCUACUGGGCCAUCACCAGGCGAAUAGGCUGAAGCAGAGGGGGUAUGGCGGACGGGGGAGUGGGAGAGGGAAAGGGAGAGGGAGAGGGAGGGGUGGGAGGAGGGGAGCCAGAGGAGGGGGCGGGGAGAGAGUGGGGGGUGGAGAGGAGCGGGAAGCGGGAGGAGGGGGCGGAGAAACGGGGGAAGGAGCGGAUCCGUUUGCGUAUGAGGUAGUGUGGGAGGAGGCUAGCAGUGGGGGGGGCAGUGAGGGAGGUGGGGGAGGGCAUGGUGGGGAGGUAUGGGGGAGAGGGCAGGGGGGUGCGGGGGGUGCGGGAGAUACCGGAGAUGCGCGGUAUGAGGUGUCACGGGUGCGUGGUGGGCAGCAGUUUACAGUGACAGACCGGCAGACGGGUGACAGGGUGGCGUUUGCAUUCGAUGCGCCCGAGGAAACGGCAGCAGCUCUGGCGAGCGUGCAUGUUCUGGUUGCUUUCAUAGAAGCCGAGGAGGAGAGGCUCAGGUGGCAAGCCUUCAAGGCACAGUGA